AGGUUACCGAUGUUUACUGGUAGUUACUAUACAGGUGUAUGAUCCUUCAAUGGUCAGAUCAUGACAGACGCCAAUCCUCUACUGGACCCAGAGAAAAUAUGUCGUUACGACUCCUUUCCAGACUUUUUACGUUCUAUUUCUUAUUUUAGCGAUGAUGAUGACGAUUUUGAGGAACUACCGGACUUUCAAUUCACGGAGGAUACAAGUGUUGGAGAGGUCGAUCUUUUCGAUUAUCCGGACGAAUCGGGUCAGCAUUUACCAAACUAUCCAUUUUCCACCAUUCACAACAAACCGAUUCCAUUUACAACAUUAAGGACAAACUGUUGGAUCCCGCGGACCGACGUAGAGGUCAAAGUAAUAGAAGCUGAACGAGUGGACGCUCAUACCAAACUCUUCAAUCCAAACUUGUAUACAAUUCAAGUUAAACACGGCACAUUCCAAUGGACAGUGAAACGUCGGUACAAACACUUUGCCAACUUACAUCAGCACUUACGAUUGUUCCGGAUGAAGCACAAAUUCCCUGUCCCAAGCAAGGCUCACAAAGAAAGAAGACAGUCUCUCCAUGGAACAAGAAAAGUUCCACGAUUUCCCAAAAAACCAGACAUCAUGGUCCGUACAGAGAAAGACUACGAAAAACGAAAGCGCCACCUAGAGGACUACCUGCAGGCCCUUGUCAGCAUCAGUGUAUACAGAAAUCAUAUAGAAACGUUGAAGUUUUUUGAAGUGAGCCACUUGUCUUUUGUUGAAAAACUUGGCCAGAAGAGAAAAGAGGGGAUGGUGAUGAAAUGUUCAGGGGGUCGUCACAUCAGUAUAGGCUGCUGUGGGUGUCUGAGGAGGUUCCAUCUGGCCGGGAGGUGGAAAAAAAGAUGGCUAUUUCUAAAGGACUCCUAUCUGGCUUAUGUUCGUCCCAAGGAUGGAGUUAUCUGUGAUGUCAUGCUGUUGGAUGCUGAUUUCUGUGUGGAGAAUGGAUUUGGAUUAACUGGGGCCAAACAUGGUCUACAAAUUGUAAACCUAAACAGAUGUCUGUUAGCUAAGUGUUGGACAGGACGGAAGGCUGACGAGUGGCAGGCAGCCAUUGAGGAAGUUGCUAAGACCACUGGGAAGGAUUACACGACCAUGUCCAGGUUCCAGGCUUUUGCUCCUGUACGGGAAAAGAGUUAUGCGCAUUGGUUUAUAGAUGGUGAUGCCUAUUUCUCAGCAGUUGCAGAUGCACUAGAGGAUGCUAAAGAGGAAAUUUUCAUUUCAGAUUGGUGGCUCAGUCCUGAGAUAUACAUGAAAAGACCCAUCACAGAGGGCAACAAAUGGCGUCUUGACAGCAUAUUACGAAGGAAAGCGAUAAGCGGAGUAAAGAUCUUUGUGUUAUUGUACAAGGAGAUGACUAUCGCUGUUAACUUGUCUAGUUCAUACAGUAAACACACAUUGGUCAACCUCUGUCCAGAGAACAUCAAGGUACUACGUCACCCAGACCACGGUGCAGGGGGCGUCCUUCUAUGGGCCCACCAUGAAAAAAUAGUGGCCAUUGACCAGAAGGUGGCAUUCCUGGGGGGACUGGACCUGUGUUACGGGCGCUGGGACAACCACACUCACCCCCUCACAGAUUUAGGGAGUAUAACGUAUGAUAAUACCAACCAGAAUGUUAUAGAGAAACAGGACAGCUUACCGGUGACAGAUGACCAUGCUUUUGCCCAGAAAAGCAAGGAAAAUGUUAAGUCAGAGGACAUUAUAGAGGAUCUCAAUGGCAUUACUCUAAAUAUUACUCCACCAAGUCCAAAACUGGGAAAAUCUGACAGUGACCCUGAAUGUGUGUGUGGUCGAGAGAGGACAGGCACUAACCAUAGUGACAAAAGUUAUGACAAUCAGUCACUGGAGGCAGAAGACAUGCAGAAUCUGAUUGGUUCAGGACCUCAGAAUCAAACUGUUGUCAUGGCAACUGUGCACUCUGACCCUGCAGCAAGUGAAACAAACCCCAAUCAGAAAAGCUAUGCAGAGAGGAAUAGUUCCUCAGUGGAGGCAUCAUCAAAAAGAGAAAGUGGUGAAGAAGAAAAAGAAGAAUCAGAUACGGAGUCAGUCAAAGAUCUGAAGAAAAAUUCCAAACCCAGACUGGAAAGGAUGGAAUCCACGACGGAGCAUGCAGAGAAGUAUAUGGAGAGAGAGUCGGAUGAAGACAUACCCGUGAUCAGUGAAAAUACAGCUGAUGUGUACUCUAUGAGUGCGAAAGACGUCCAAGAGGCAUUACAUCGAAAAAGUGGGAAAAGUUUUAAGGCGAAAGAUGAGAAAGCACGGGUGCAUUUCUCUGGUGAUGGUGUUGAAAGGGAUUCUGAGGCUAUAUUUGAUUCUGAUGAAAAAGAUGAUCAUAAUGUAGGUGUAGAGAUUAAAGGAUAUCAUAAACUUAACAGUGAAAAUCAGAGUAGCUUUAGGGAAAAUAAUAGGGCAGCUAGUGAUUCUCAACUAAUUGAUCAAAUUGUGCGUAGUCCAAGUGUCAAAGAAGGUAAAUCAGAAUCUACACAAGAGACAGCUGACCAGGACAAGGGAACCAAGAGGGAGAGCUGGGCCAUGAGAAAGUUACGCCGGACUCUUAGUCACGGACACGAGCGAAACAACAACAUAAAUAUCAACACCGGGGAACAAACUGAGGAUAGUGGACCUCAAUCACCAACUGCAUUAAAUCGGUGGAAACUAGUUCUGAAUGUUCAAAAGUUCCAGUCAGCCGUCAAACAACAACAGCAGGAACCAGUUCCUUUUCCCAAAGAAAAGAAACCCCUGACACCAAAGAUUAGUAAGCUGUUUCACUUGGAUAGAUCCAAUAGAGACAGUUCACUUGAUCUAAAGGACAGCCUUGAGAAGCCAGCAUUGAUACAGAGAACCAAGAGUGAGAUAGCUAUAGAUGAAUUAGGACUGAAAGGAUCCUCGAAACUCUGGAUAGGCAAGGAUUACUGUAACAACAUACACAAGGACUUCGUGGAUCUUAAUGCUCCAUUUGAAGAUUUUAUUGAUCGAUAUAAAACUCCACGAAUGCCAUGGCAUGACAUUGGAGCAGUGGUUUAUGGGAAGGCAGCUAGAGAUGUUUCCAGGCAUUUCAUUGGUCGAUGGAAUAUAACAAAGCAAGAGAAAUGUAAGAACAACAAGGAAUUUCCUCUGUUGUUACCCAAAGCUUAUGCUCAAGAUAAUACUCUACCUCCAUCUAUAACGGGGUCAUGUCACGAGGUCAAAACACAGAUUCUGAGGAGUUUGAGUGGUUGGUCUGGUGGUAUUAAAACUACAGAGUGUUCUAUACAGACUGCUUAUCUACAUUGUAUUGAAAGUGCCAAACAUUACAUUUACAUCGAGAAUCAAUUCUUCAUAACUCGAGUUGGAGAUAAAUCUGUGAUUAAAAACAAAAUUGGGGAUGCCUUGUUCAACAGGAUCAUCAGAGCUCACAGGAAUGGAGAAAAUUUCCGGGUGUAUGUGGUCAUGCCAUUACUUCCAGCCUUUGAAGGGGACAUAGGGGGAAAUGGGGGAUAUACCAUUAGAACAGUCACGCAUUACACCUACACAUCUAUCUCUAAAGGACCCUGUUCCCUCUGGGAGAGGCUGUCAAAGGAGGUUCUUGAUCCUCUGAAGUACAUUGUAUUUUGUGGAUUACGAAAUUAUGAUGAACUGUCCUCUAAACUGGUAUCAGAGUUGGUAUAUGUCCACAGUAAGCUUUUGAUCGCUGACGAUGAUACCGUCAUCAUUGGUUCUGCUAACAUCAAUGAUCGCAGUCUCCUUGGUGACAGAGACAGUGAGAUUGCCGUCAUGGUCCAGGAUAUCCACAAAAAGGAAACAAAGUUCGCAGGCGUUCCUCACCUUGUCGGGAGGUUUGCUACCUCACUCCGGAAAUCUCUCUUCAGUGAACAUAUGGGUAUCCCUGUAGGGGACCCCGUCCUAGAUGAUCCGGUCUGUGAUUCUUUCUAUAAAUCCGUGUUCCUCAGACGGGCCACUGUCAAUACCAGUGUCUUCCAAAAGGUGUUCAAUUGUAUCCCGUCUGAUUUGGUUUUGAGCUUUGCUGAGCUGAAUCAACUCAGCUCGGAGAAAACUCUAGCUGAGACUGAUCCAGAACAGGCCCGUAACGAACUAAAGAAAAUCCAAGGUCACAUUGUGCUCUUGCCAUUACACUUUAUGGAACAUGAAAGUAGUCUUAUACCCUCAGUAGGAAAGGAAAUGUUUCUUCCUGUGGAUGUUUGGAUUUAAAGGCAAUUUUUUUUCUCUGCCUUGUUUGUGUGUGAAAAUGCUAUGGAGUGUACAGCUGAAGUAAUAUGCAGUGCAU